GUGUAGCGGCAACCUUCGGUCCUUCUUUGCCGCUUCUGCAGGACGUAAAGUUUCUGACUCGUGCUCUUGUUAAAUCGCUUGUAUGCCUUUCGGUAGCAAAAACGAGGCGAAGGAAAAAGGAGCAAAACAUUUAUUCUCCAUACAAACCGAAAAAAUACAAACCAAAUGCCUCUGGUGGGAGCUCUGUUUACAUUCCCUUUAUGUUACAACGAAAACAACAUUAAACGGUGACGGUCAGAAAACUGUUGCUCCACGUCCUGCUUGCUAGCCUAACCUUUCUUCCCCCCCCACAUGCGGGCAAAAAAUACACACCCCCUUUACGACAUCUAUCAACACUUUACAACAACACAAAAGAUUAACAAAGCAGGAUUAAUUUAUGGAGCACAGCAUAUUACAACCAGGUUUGAACUUUGCUCCCUGUGAGAGUCGCAGGUGGAGUCAGCCACAGCGCAGCUCACCUGCUGUUUCAGGAAAUGAAGCGUUGAUCCACGGCACCCGCCAGGACUGGAGGUAUCACACACCGUCUAUCCCCAUCUUUGAGAUAAGCACUACCAUGACUGUCUCCUGGAUAUCAUGGGCUUCUCUCUUCUUCAUCUGUUUAUUACCCUGCACGAUGGGAGUGACAAACCAGUUUCAGCUGGAGCCGAUGACUGCAGCAGUGCUUAAAGGCUCCGAUGCCCAGUUCAUCGCCAGAGUGACCGGAUCAUGGACUAUCAUGACCUGGAUAGUUGGAGGGUUUCUGGUCCUCACAGUAAAUGGAAACACUACAAUAUCUCUAUCAGAGCAGUAUUCUGCUACAUUCUGCUCCAGUGAUAACAGCAGCUGUGUGGAGUUCACCAUCCAUAACAUCAGCCGCUCACUGUCCGGGCCCGUCACCUGUGCUGUUCAAGGGUUAUUUGGAGAAAAGACAGCACAGCUUUAUGUACAAGAGAACGGAAUGAUCAACAUCACAGGACCGAGCAUGAAGGUGAUGUAUGACCAGCAGGUAGAGUUCCAGUGUGUAACAGCUGGUUGGUACCCCAAACCUACAGUCACAUGGACUCUAAAUGGUAACGCUAUGAACAGCACCCUGGACAACUUCACCGAUAAUGGGGAUUUCUUUAACUCCACCAGUGUACUAACCUUCCAGGCAGUCAGAGACACCACAGUCAAAUGUUUGGUGAGCAUCCCAGCACUGACAUCCCCGCAAUCAACGUUUCUCUUCUUAGUAGUUGCUCCUAAUUGGACUGUGUUGAUAGCUGUGGUUGUGUCCUUUGGAAGUCUUGCUCUGCUGGUUUUGCUCAUCAUUGGAAUUUGGUUCUUCUACAAACGCAGGAAAGAAAAACAAACAAACUAUCAGGAUGAAAUGAGGAGAGUGAGGACACAGAGCCAGUUAAGUGGUGUGCAUGGACCCAGAAACAAAGAAGGACAAGUGAACACAACAUAUGUGCCGGAGGGUCAGACAAGUGUUCCUACUAGUGAAAUCACUGACAAUGGCGUAUUCCAGGUAUCUACUGUGGCAAACAGUGCACAAGCAGGUGUCUACAAUUUUGAGGAUCCAGGCUUCAUGAAACACAGACAUGUCACGAUUGUGUAAGGACAAACUGAGGACGUGACACGUCUCUGAAUGCUUGCGAGCCUGGGAACAAACCUGCACAGCAUCUAAAAGGUGCUCGGCUUUGUCUGGAUAAAAGGUGAUCUGGAUGACUGGAUCUGCUCAAACCAAAGACUGAUGUAGGGUGAAGGCUGUAGCUUCAGGUGGCCAUGCAGAUUUUAAAUCUUCCAUAAUUUAUUGUAGAGAAGAAAUCAUAUAACCCUGUGAUAUACGUACGAAUUGUGUACAUUUUUAUUGUAACAUUAUGGGAAUUUAAAUAUUCAAAAGUGAUAAAAGUGAUUAAACUUCUAAAUCCCUUAAA